GGCGCCGUGCCAGGUGGUGGGGAUGCAAAGGUGAAUUAAACAGACCUGCCCAACAGGUGCUGCGAGUGGCUGAGAUGCUGUGGUGGAGGGGAACCCAGGCCCCGCACCGUCUGGUUGGGGCACCCGGAGAAGAGGGACCAGAGGUAUCCUCGAAAUGUCAUCAAUAAUCAGAAGUACAAUUUCUUCACGUUUCUUCCCGGGGUGCUGUUCAACCAGUUUAAAUACUUUUUCAACCUUUAUUUCUUACUUCUCGCCUGCUCCCAGUUUGUUCCUGAAAUGAGACUUGGCGCCCUCUAUACCUACUGGGUUCCCCUGGGCUUCGUGCUGGCCGUCACCGUCAUCCGAGAGGCGGUGGAGGAGAUCCGAUGCUACGUGAGGGACAAGGAAGUCAACUCCCAGGUCUACAGCCGGCUCACAGCAAGAGGCACAGUGAAGGUGAAGAGUUCCAGCAUCCAAGUUGGGGAUCUUAUCAUCGUUGAAAAGAACCAGCGGGUCCCUGCUGACAUGAUCUUCCUGAGGACAUCAGAAAAAAACGGGUCUUGCUUCUUGCGGACGGAUCAACUGGAUGGGGAGACAGACUGGAAGCUACGGCUUCCCGUGGCCUGCACGCAGAGGCUGCCCACGGCCGCCGAUCUUCUUCAGAUUCGAUCACAUGUGUAUGCGGAGGAGCCGAGUAUUGACAUUCACAACUUUCUGGGAACUUUUACCAGGGAAGACAGCGACCCUCCGAUCAGCGAGAGCUUGAGCAUUGAGAACACGCUGUGGGCCGGCACUGUCGUCGCGUCAGGUACUGUCGUGGGUGUCGUUCUUUACACCGGGAGAGAACUCCGGAGCGUCAUGAAUACCUCAAAUCCCCGUAGUAAGAUCGGCCUGUUUGACCUGGAAGUGAACUGCCUCACCAAGAUCCUCUUCGGCGCUCUGGUGGUGGUCUCGUUGGUCAUGGUCGCCCUCCAGCACUUUGCCGGUCGCUGGUACCUCCAGAUCAUUCGCUUCCUGCUCUUGUUUUCCAACAUCAUUCCCAUCAGUUUGCGCGUGAACCUGGACAUGGGCAAGAUUGUAUACAGCUGGGUGAUUCGAAGGGAUUCGAAAAUUCCUGGGACUGUGGUUCGUUCCAGCACGAUUCCCGAGCAGCUGGGCAGGAUUUCUUACUUACUCACAGACAAGACAGGCACUCUCACCCAGAACGAGAUGGUUUUCAAACGGCUCCACCUGGGGACAGUGGCCUACGGCCUCGACUCGAUGGACGAAGUGCAGAGCCACAUCUUCAGCAUCUACACCCAGCAAUCCCAGGACCCACCGGCUCAGAAGGGCCCCACGCUCACCACCAAGGUCCGGCGGACCAUGAGCAGCCGUGUGCACGAAGCGGUGAAGGCCAUCGCGCUCUGCCACAACGUGACUCCCGUGUACGAGUCCAACGGUGUGACCGACCAGGCUGAGGCCGAGAAGCAGUACGAGGACUCCUGCCGCGUGUACCAGGCCUCCAGCCCAGACGAGGUGGCCCUGGUACAGUGGACCGAAAGCGUGGGCUUGACCCUGGUGGGCCGAGACCAGUCUUCCAUGCAGCUGAGGACCCCUGGCGACCAGAUCCUGAACUUCACCAUCCUGCAGAUCUUCCCCUUCACCUACGAGAGCAAGCGCAUGGGCAUCAUCGUGAGGGAUGAAUCAACCGGAGAGAUUACGUUCUACAUGAAGGGAGCGGACGUUGUCAUGGCCGGCAUCGUGCAGUACAACGACUGGCUGGAGGAAGAGUGUGGAAACAUGGCCCGCGAAGGGCUACGGGUGCUCGUGGUGGCAAAGAAGUCUCUGGCAGAGGAGCAGUAUCAGGACUUCGAAGCGCGCUACGUGCAGGCCAAGCUGAGCGUGCACGACCGCUCCCUCAAAGUGGCCACGGUGAUCGAGAGCCUGGAGAUGGAGAUGGAGCUGCUGUGCCUGACGGGCGUGGAGGACCAGCUGCAGGCGGACGUGCGGCCCACCCUGGAGACCCUGAGGAACGCCGGCAUCAAGGUUUGGAUGCUGACAGGGGACAAGCUGGAGACGGCGACAUGCACAGCGAAGAAUGCACAUCUGGUGACCAGAAACCAGGACAUCCACAUUUUCCGGCUGGUGACCAACCGUGGGGAGGCCCACCUCGAGCUGAACGCUUUCCGCAGGAAGCACGACUGCGCCCUGGUCAUCUCUGGAGACUCCCUGGAGGUCUGCCUCAAGUUCUACGAGUACGAGUUCAUGGAGCUGGCCUGCCAGUGCCCGGCCGUGGUCUGCUGCCGCUGCGCCCCGACCCAGAAGGCCCAGAUCGUGCGCCUGCUGCAGGAGCGCACCGGGAAGCUCACCUGUGCAGUAGGCGACGGUGGCAAUGACGUCAGCAUGAUCCAGGAGUCCGACUGUGGAGUCGGGGUGGAAGGAAAGGAAGGAAAACAGGCUUCCCUGGCUGCAGACUUCUCCAUCACUCAGUUUAAGCACCUCGGCCGCUUGCUCAUGGUGCAUGGCCGCAACAGCUACAAGCGGUCAGCCGCCCUCAGCCAGUUCGUGAUUCACAGGAGCCUGUGCAUCAGCACCAUGCAGGCUGUCUUUUCCUCCGUGUUUUACUUUGCCUCCGUCCCUCUCUAUCAAGGAUUCCUCAUCAUUGGGUACUCCACGAUUUAUACCAUGUUUCCUGUAUUUUCUCUGGUCCUGGACAAAGACGUGAAGUCGGAAGUGGCCAUGCUGUACCCUGAGCUCUACAAGGAUCUCCUCAAGGGACGACCGCUGUCCUACAAGACGUUCUUGAUAUGGGUUCUGAUUAGCAUCUAUCAAGGGAGCACCAUCAUGUACGGGGCGCUGCUGCUGUUCGAGUCGGAGUUCGUGCACAUCGUGGCCAUCUCCUUCACGUCGCUCAUCCUCACCGAGCUGCUGAUGGUGGCGCUGACCAUCCAGACCUGGCACUGGCUCAUGACGGUGGCCGAGCUGCUCAGCCUGGCCUGCUACGUCGCCUCCCUGGUGUUCCUCCACGAGUUCAUCGAUGUGUACUUCAUUGCCACCUUGUCAUUCUUGUGGAAAGUCUCCGUCAUCACGCUGGUCAGCUGCCUCCCCCUCUACGUCCUCAAGUACCUGCGAAGACGGUUCUCUCCCCCCAGCUACUCGAAGCUCACGUCGUAGGCCGUGCGCUGGCGGAGCGGGCCGGGUCUCUGCGCUUGCCUGAUGGACAGAGUCCAAGCUCCAUUUAUGUUACCCACCACCUGUGGAUUUUGCAGUAAUUGCUAACACGUGCGGUUCUGACGGGGCGAGCCCGUGCACGUAAACGCAGUCCUAACGCCGAGUAUACGGGAGGGAGGUUCCUAAAAGGUGCCCACUCAGGCCCGUUUGAACCCCCGGUCAUUCAUAUGUGCGUGAACGUGAAAACCUUAAAACGGGUGGCUCAGCUGGGAGGUAUAUAGGGGUCCCGUGCGAGCUUCCUUAUGACUUGAAUUUUGUUGCUGUGUGAUAAAAGUUUUUGUCUAG